UCUGGGCCCCACCAUACUCAUCAGUAGGGGUGCAGACUCACUAGCUAGCUUUCAGUUCAUGCUCAGCUCAAGGAGAAAGCAAGGUGGCAUGGAGUCCUGAAAUACAGGGCAUUGUAACAGUGGCCGCCAUCCUCUUUCUCUGUGCAAAGGUGGACUACGGGAACCAAGCCUGGAAGUAGAGUCAGCCUCAGCUGCCCAGAAAAGUUUUGUCUUGCAGGUUUGGCCCACCAUUCCAGCCUGAUUUGGGAUCCUGCUUCAGCCACCCAGCGUGCUCGCUACCCCUGCCAGCCUCGAGUUCUCCAAGUCGUUGGCCAGGAUGGAGGCCAUUGCCAAGUUUGACUUCAACGCCUCCGGAGAGGAUGAGCUAAGUUUUCACACAGGAGACGUCCUGAAGAUUCUCAGUAGCCAAGACGAAUGGUUCAAAGCUGAGCUGAGGAGUCAAGAGGGCUACGUACCGAAAAAUUUCAUAGACAUUCGCUUCCCUAGCUGGUUUCAUGAGGACAUCUCCCGACAUGAAGCAGAGAGCUUGCUCAUGGGCAGGGACGUGGGCUUCUUCAUCAUCCGAGCCAGCCAGAGCUCACCUGGGGACUUCUCCAUUUCUGUCAGGCACGAAGAGGAUGUCCAGCACUUCAAGGUCAUGAGAGAUGCCAAGGGCCACUACUUCCUGUGGACGGAGAAGUUUCAGUCUCUGAACCAGCUGGUGAAUUUCUACCGGACCUCCUCCAUCUCAAAGCAGAAGCAAAUCUACCUAAGGGAUGGGAGCCGAGAAGACCAGGACCGGUGGGGUGGGAGCCUAGAACGACGUCUCCAGGAAGGGCUUCACAUCGGUGGAGGUGGAGGAGAAGAGACUCGUCCUUCAACAAACAGGAAACUGUCUGAUCACCCUUCUACCCUGCAAUCCCAUUAUCAGGUGCAGCAGUCACCACCACAGCAGCAGCAGCCACUGCCCCAGCAGCAGCUGACUACCAUGAUGUCCCAGCAGUACCAGCAGCAGCCGCAACAGCGGUACCAGCAGCACCAUCAACUUCAGCCGGACCGUCGAGGAGGCAGCUUUGACAUCAGCGAUGGGCAUCGGAUGAGCCCUGAGAUGAACCCGGCCUUCAUGCACCGGAGACAUACGGACCCUGAGCAGCUGCAGAUGAUUGGGGGGUUCUUAAGCAAGCCUGGAAUUCCGUUCCCUGUGAAGAUGAGGGAAGAUAGGGGCCUGGCAGGAAGCGUCUCCUUGGUCCAGCUCGGCCCAGGGCCUUGAGGCACCGAUAUUUGCCAAGGGACCUUGCUUCCAGUGAACACACCCCAAGUGAGGCAUUGCCACCCUCAGGGCAGCAUCUACCCAGGAGACAACUCAUCACCCAUCCAUCCUGGCUUUGUGACAGUAACUGUGAGCUCUGUUAUUACAAGCUUGAGGCCAGUUUGUUUCUGUCACUGAAAGAAUCUCAGAAGUGAUUUCGAGGGGUUAGCUGGAGAGCAGAGACUUCUCUGGACUCCCCAGCUGGCCUUUCUAGUCAAUGUAACAAGCUUUUAAUAAGCACCUACUAUGUGCGGGGACUGUACAAAGACAGAAGGGGAAUGGUCCCUGCCCUUGAGGAGUGGACAUUCUAACUGGGAGAGGUAACCCCUCCCCUAAUAAGAAGAUACCCAAUUCAUAUGAAAUGAGAGCACUGACUUGGGCGGCCUCCUACCCAGGAGACCCUGGACAAGUCACUUAAUGUCCCUGGGGCUCAGUUCCUUCAUCUGUAGAGUGGGAGGGCUGAACCAAGUGGCUUCUGGGGUCCUUUCCAGCAUUAGAGCUGAGCUCCUGAACACAAAAUAAUCUCAGGAAGAGGAGAACAGUAACAAGUGGGGGGGGGGAGGUCAGGAAAUGCCGGCUGGACAAGGCCACCCCGAGGCCCUGAGGGAAGCCAGGGAGGCAGUGGGCACAGCAGGGAAGGGAACAUGGUGCCCAGCUGUGCCAAGGCACAAGGCUGGGAGACUGGGGAUAGCUGGCAGGCAGUCUCCUUAUCUUGUUUGUAGAAGGUCCUUCUGUUUCAAGUUUCUCUCCUGUGGUUUCAGGAGGUCAAGGGGGCCUCAUGAAGGUCAAGAAUUAGACGUUUCUCUUCCUGACCACUCGGAAUCCAGCUGUUCCGAAGGGCUCAGAGGCCACCUGCCCCCAAACCAGACCUCAGUCGUUCAACCCAUCAAGUAACAAGCAUUUAUAAAGCCCCUACUAGGCGCCAGGCACUCUUCUAGGUGUCGGUAUGUGAUAGAAAGACAACAUUUAAACAGUCCUUGCCCUCAAAGAGCUUACACUCUAAUGAAAUGUACAUGGUCCUCUUUGAGAAGGAAGGACAAACAGCCAACGACCUGAACAAAAUUCCCCGUCGUCAUAGCGCCCAGCAAGGGUCGUCCAGCCUCUGCCGGAGGACCUCUACUCACGGGGAACCCACUACCUCCAAGGCAGCCCAAAGCUCCACUUCGGAUAGUUCUAAUCUUUGGACCCGGCCUCAAGUCUCGCCUCUGACACGUGCACGUUGUCUAACCCAGUGCUCCAGCCUCUCCUCGGAGACAGAGUCACUGAUCUGCACCAGUGGAGAGAGUUUCCACACCAGGAGUCCCCGGGUCUGAAUUAAGCCUUGCUAGGAAGCCUUUCCUCAUGCAGCAGGACUAAUUUGCUGGAGGAGGAGGGCUGGGGCCUCCCAUGGAGACCGCAAGCCUCAAUCUGCCUUGAAUUCCACCUAAGGUUCCUGGUUCUGCCCCUGGGGGUGGACCUUUGGGAAGGGAGCUUCUCCCCGGGCAGGGAGGAGGAAAUGGCGGAGCCUCGGAGUCCCCCGAUUCAUUUUCUUCUGCCUCUUCCCCACUCCCCUGCCCCCUACAGAGAGUGCGCUGGGCUCGAGCCUUGUACGACUUUGAGGCGGAGGAAGAGGAUGAGCUUGGCUUUUGCAUCGGUGAGGUGGUCGAGGUCCUA